CUACGGACUUGGAUUUAUUGGACAUCCAAUAAGUGUCUUGUUUAUUCGGUGAAGGUCCGAUACCUUUCUCUCAGCACAAUAUCAACCUUCACCUCCUUUCCGGAACCCACCAAUCCUCCGUCACCACGAUUCGCUCCUUUCGGCCCCUCUUCUACUUCUCUACUUAAAUAAACCCUUUUAUACUAUCACGGUUCCCAAAACGAUCUUUUACGAAUAACGAGAAUUACGUGACAACAUGGCCGAACGAGAUUAUGACGAUAGCAACGAGGCGUUGGACCCGGAGCUCCUAUACACUAAGGAAUACUGCAUAGGUGGAGGCAGCUUUGGAAAGGUCUUUAAAGGUGUCGAAAAACGAAGUGGACAAGCCGUAGCUAUCAAGGUUAUCGAUAUUGAGAGCGCCGAAGACGAAGUCGAAGAUAUCAUACAAGAAAUCGCUAUCCUUUCCGAAUUACAAUCGCCAUACGUUACCAAAUAUUACGGAUCAUACGCGAAGGGUGCUGAGCUAUGGAUCGUUAUGGAGUUUUGCUCCGGCGGGAGUUGCGCCGACCUGAUGAAACCAGGCAUGAUAGGAGAGGACUAUAUCGCAAUUAUCAUAAGGGAGUUGUUGAUGGGUCUUGAGUACCUUCAUGCGGACAAGAAGCUUCAUCGGGAUAUUAAGGCGGCGAAUAUUCUGCUUAGCUCCAAUGGUCAGGUAAAACUGGCCGAUUUUGGUGUUUCUGGACAGCUUUCAGCGACCAUGACCAAGAAGAACACAUUCGUCGGUACCCCAUUUUGGAUGGCCCCGGAGGUGAUUAAGCAAUCUGGGUACGACCACAAGGCGGAUAUUUGGUCGUUGGGUAUUACAGCAUUGGAACUGGCCAAUGGCGAACCUCCCUACGCCGACAUCCAUCCCAUGAAGGUCUUGUUUCUCAUCCCGAAGAAUCCCCCGCCGAGGUUAGAGGGGAAUUUCACCAAGGCAUUUAAGGAUUUCAUCGAACUCUGUCUACAGAGGGACCCGAAGGAAAGGCCAGUAGCUAGAGAUCUGCUCAAACAUUCUUUCAUUCGAAAGGCGAAGAGGACCACCGCUCUGACGGAGUUAAUCGAGCGUUUCAAUCGAUGGAGCGCCACACACAAGUCGGAAGAAGAGAAUUACGAUCCGGGAGAGGACAUAGUAGUCCCAGAAAGUGUCAAUGAGGAUAUGUGGGAUUUUGGCACGGUCCGUCUCGUUGGAGACAGAGGCGGAAUGGUGAAUCGCCCCGGGUUAAACCCGAUGGACGAUUCAGCGAGGAACGCAAGAGCAUCAAGACCGUUAGAGCCGGACUACGGCGAGAGCCCGAGAGCGAUGUCGCCAAGCAAAGUUCAAGUGCAAGACUUCGCCGACGCGUCCGUAUCUAGCACACUAAAAGCCAACAACCCCUCAAUGAUGGGAACAUCCCGUCAAUCAUCGCCCCAGCGAAAACCUGUACCUUUACAGGCGCCUUUAUCACCUUCGAAGGUUCCUCUACCUCCAUCGCCACCGAAGCAUGCGCAAGAUCCGAGCACCCCACGUCCUCUGUCCAAGCAAAUACCCGCCAUUCCCCCCACUAUGACUUCCGCCGACUACGACCGAGCGCUAAAGGAGCAGUUACGACAAGACAUGGGCGCUCUCAGUCUGGCUCCGCCUCAACCCCAAUUCGUGAAUGCUCAAAACAUAACCCCCAGGAACUCACAACAACAGCGCAUCCCCAAACUCAAUCCAUAUAGCUUACCCGAAAUCCCGCCAUACCGCGGUCCUAGCUCACAACACCAACCCCCGCCAUCUUCCCGAGCAACGCCGCAACCACAAUCUCAGCCUUCGCAAGCGUUCGCAUCGAAAGCUGCCGCUGUGCAACCGAAACAGCAGACACCCGCACCAGACUCAUUCCCACCUCCGGGUCCCGCGAACCCGAAUGGCGAGCUAGACGCGUUGAAUGAUGUCAUCUUCCCAGCGUUGGAAGAGGCGCUAAAGAGACGACAGAUUCGGCUACAGCAAGUAUAUCGCCAUGAGAAGGUUGUUACGCCACAACGCCAGCGCGCAGAGGCCGCGCACGAUCGCAUUCGCAAGCACGUUUACAAGUUAGCCAACGUAUGUAAGGAGAUCGACCGUCUCGACAAAAGCGAGCCCGUAGGUAUGGGGAAGGAUGUGGGCACUUUCCUCGAGGGCUUACUUGAAGAGAUUCUGGUUCGCGUUGAGCCAUUAGAUGAGGAUGAGGGGAUGUGAACUACUAAUAACCUACUUACGUGAAAUAAGGGAAUGAAUGAAGAGAUGAGACGAGAGAUGAGUGAAGUGAGUGAAUGAACGCUAAAGAAAGAGCACGUGUUUAUUACUAUU